AUGCCGGAACUUAAUAAAGACGUAAUUUUCUUAAUAUUAAAAGAAUUACAACAAAAUGAUGUAAAAUCUCUUUAUCCAUAUCUUUUGAUUAAUAAAACUUGGUGUGAAACUACAGUACCAAUUCUAUGGAAGAAUCCUGUUAAUCGUUAUUACGAAAUUAAUAAAGUAAAUAAUAACUUAUUUAAUGUAAUUAUUUCACAUAUAUCAGAAGAAUCAAAAGAAAAUUUGAAGAAUCAAGGAAUUGAAAUUUUUACAAAAACUUAUAAACGACCUUCAUUUAAUUAUAUUAGUUAUUGGAGACAUUUGGAUUUAUUAUUUUUACAACUCAUGAUGGAUUUUUUUUUAAAAUAUAAAAAUAUUGAAAGGUUCAAAUUUUCUAUUAUAGGAAAAGAAAUAUUGAAUCUAUUCAAUAAAAAUACAAAAUUUAUUUUUUUGAAUUUGAUUAAUUCUCAAAGGUUCAAUACAUUCCAUAUUUCAGGGACUGAAAAUUGUUUUUCAGAACUUGAAACUUUUCAUUGUAAUGAUUUUAUCAAUUGUAAUACUUUAAAAAGAUUAGCUAUUAUAAAUACAUCAAUUAAAGAAUUGAAAUUUGAAAUUGACAAUAAUAUCGAUAAACCUGGAAUCGUUAGAUUGAUUGAAGUUCAAAAAAAUCUAAAAAAUGUUUAUUUAAUUCUUAAUUAUACAUAUGUUGUUAAUGAAUCAUAUCACACAACAAUAGAAAAUUCGCUUAUUAAAUGUGCAAAUACUGUUCAGUAUUUGAGAAUAGAUUGGAAACCUUACACAAAAUUUCUUUCAUAUUUUGUAAAUUUAUUAAGCUUAGAAAUAAAAGCUCCUCAUGACGCAAAUUGGAGCCAUUUAGAAGAAAUAUCUUUACCUCUUUUAAAGUUUUUAAAAGCACAUUCCAUACCAUCUAGAGUGUUGACAAGUUUAAUUAAUAAUACAAAAGCGCAUCUCAUUGAAAUUAGUAUUUUUUAUCAAGGUAUUGAUGAUGGAAAACUUAUCAAAACAAUUUGUCAAAGUUGUCCGAAUCUUAGCUAUCUUAGAUUAUCAAUGUAUAAUACUAAUGAUAUUUUGAAAUUUGAAGAUCUAUUGAUUAAUUGUCUAUCCUUAAAUAGAUUAGAAAUUACCGGGAUGAAUGUUUCUAAUGAAUUUAAUUGGGAUAUGCUAUUCAUAAUAUUGGCAAAGUUUUCACCAAUUGGAUUAUUUAAGUUUAAAUUUUCUUCUUAUGGGAGUAAAUUCAAAUCAAGUUCUUUAAAAUUAUUUUUUGAUAAUUGGAAGAAUAGAUAUCCUAUGUUAUUACAAAUAAUUUCAGCGGAACAUAUAAGCAAUGAUCGAAAGAAAUUAGAAAAUCUGGUACAAAUAUAUAAAGUAAAUGGUAUAGUUGAAAAAUAUAACAUUGAUGGUGAUGAUUUUGAAGGGUUUAAAUAG